GACACUUUGGCCGAGUGGUUUAAGGCGCAGGCCUGCUAUUCAGCCCUCCUCUAUCCGGAGUAUCGCUAUAGUAUAGCCUGUGGGUUCGCCCGCCUGGGUUCGAGUCCCAGAGGUGUCGUAUAUUUCUGUUUAAAUUUUUACUUACCCACCGGCUAGCCGAUGAUUCUCUGGCUCCGCGCAUCGUGAUCCAUGUUCCGAAGCGUGGUUCGGCCGUCCGUACGUGGGAUUGCAUCCUUGGUCGCGAUAUCUUUUACAGUCUGUUCGCCAAGUAUAUGGAGCACUCCGUGCAUCCGAACAGCUAUUCAAGGACUCAAUCUCCACUUACUUUUAGCAGAUAAACAAACCUGCCCCUCAAUGGGAAUUCAAUCAAUACCUUCUUCUUCUUCUUCUUCUUCUUCUUCUUCUUCUUCAGUCAACAAGCCGCCAUUCCGAAACCACCACUAUCUACGGAAUACGACAGGGAGGACUCUACCGGUACCUUGAAGCAACACGAACGAACCAUUGUAGCUCACUACUAAAAGCUAAUCUACUCCUAUAUCCUCC